CAAUCAUCGGGUUAGAGAGCAACUUCAAACUCAUGCAAGUGCGUCGCAGCGUCCGAGGCCUUGGGCAAGCGGCACACUUCAGCACCACUCCUGCGAGUCGGUGGUGGGACUGGACACGGCUUACUGCGUGGUUUAGCCCCACACGACCUGCAGAACCAAGCACACAUCACGCGGUCGAGCCCGAAACGUGUGUGUUUGUCGACGGCAACAACUUGCUCUACGCAAAGUACUCGCCGACGUGCACGCAAACCUUGUCCAACGGUGUGGCAAUUGGCGCAACGUUGGGUUUCCUGCAAGAGCUGACCCAUGUGAUGGAGAAAAUGCACCCCCAUCGGUUGUGCGUAUUCUUCGACACGCCCGUCAUCACUCACCGCAAGAAGAACGACCCGACGUACAAGGCCAAUCGGGAUAGAAUGGACGACGCGUUGCGCAGGCAGUUCCCACUCACGAUAUCGUUGAUGCAGGACUUCGCAGUUCCUGUUGUUCAAGUCCCCGGCAUCGAAGCAGAUGACAUGAUUGCGUCGUACACAAAGGCCAGCAUCGAGAGCGGAUACGAAGUUGUGAUUGUGUCAAACGACAGCGACUUCUUCCAGCUCGUCCGGAGCGCGCCGCCCAGAGUAUCUCUGUACAAGUUCCGGACACGGUGGUGGAUGGAACAAGAUGAUGUAUUGCAACUGAUCGGUGGCGAGAGCCCAAAGUUGCAUCCCGAUCUACGUGCGCUUCGUGGAGACCAAUGGGGGAAAUCUCCCGGGCUUCCCGGUGGCAUUUCAAAAGAACUUGCUGUCGACUUGGUAGUGCGAGCGGGCGGUCUCUUGCCGCUCUUGGAUCACCUGGAUCACGUAUGUCCAAAUGCCAUUGGGGCAUAUUGAAAUGAAUUGUGUGGAUCGUGUAGGUUGAGGACGAUGCGUUGCGCAGGAGGUUGUUGGAUGCGAGGGACAUGUUGACACGAGCAUUUCACGCGUCAAAGCUCGACGACUCGAUGCCUUUGUCGACUCCUCUGCAAAACAUGUCCAUCCGUCGUAUCAACCUGGCAAAGCUCGCCGAUAUGCUGGGGAACCCGGCGGCGCAUUUCCAGUCCCUCGUUCAGAAAGUCUAAUCCAGAAUUCUGCCGUGGGACAACUCGGUCGCCUGCGAAAUUUUCCAUGUCA